AUGCGUUUUAUCGUGACUGCACUCACGCUCUUCGGUGCCGUUCUUGCCAACGUCCAACCCUCAAGCCGGUGCAAAACGUUUCCCGGGGACAAGGCAUGGCCGUCGAAGGCAGAGUGGAACAACUUCAACAGGACAGUAGGCGGACAGCUGGUGGCAACGGUGCCUCUUGGAACCCCAUGCCACGGUGCGAGCUUCGACAACGCUACCUGUGAAAGCCUGAAAAGCCAAUGGCAGUAUGAGAAAAUUCACUAUGAGUCCUCCUCUUCGGUGAUGGCACCGUUCUUCGCCAAUCAAAGCUGUGAUCCCUUCCAACCUCGAGACAGCCCGUGUGAGCUUGGUAACUACGUUAGAUAUGCCGUUAAUGCCUCUAAAUCCUCAGACAUCCAGCGAGCGAUCGCAUUUGCGUCCUCAAAGGAUAUUCGUCUUGUUAUUCGCAAUACGGGACAUGACUAUCGUGGUCGCUCCACAGGUGCUGGCUCGUUGGCGGUAUGGACGCACCACCUGAAGGACAUUUCUCAUAUUACGGCGUACAAGGGCUCGGGAUACAGUGGCGCAGCAUUCAAGCUCGGCGCUGGUGUCCAGGGUUUUGAGAUCAUGGCCGCUGCCCGCGACAAGGGCUUGGUGGUUGUAGGGGGUGAGUGCCCUACCGUUGGUAUCGCUGGCGGGUACACCCAAGGCGGAGGCCAUUCAGCGAUCAGCACCAGCUUCGGUCUUGCUGCUGAUAACGUGUUAAGCUGGGAAGUUGUUACGGCUAGUGGCAAACUCGUGAACGCCAACAAGGACCAGAACCCCGAUUUGUACUGGGCUUUGAACGGUGGAGGCGGUAGCACAUAUGGUGUUGUGGUGUCCAUGACCGUGAAGGCACACAAGGAAGCUGUAUUUGGUGGCGCUUCCUUGUCAUUCUUUACCACGAACAACGCCCAGGAUGUCUUCUAUGACGCGAUCGAAGCAUUCCAUGAGGAGCUACCCGCGAUGGUCGAUGCAGGAACCAUGGUGGUUCACUACUUCACUUCCUCGUUCUUCAUGAUCGCUCCGCUCAACGCGUACAACAAAACCGCGGCCGAGGUCAAGACCAUCCUUGCGCCAUUCAUCGCCAAACUCGACGCCAAAAGUGUAAACUACACCGUCAACUACAGCGAGUUUGACACAUAUUACAAGCACUAUGACAAGUACUUUGGCCCCCUACCCCUCGGAAACAUCCAAGUAGGCAUCGCCCAAUAUGGAGCGCGCCUGAUCCCGCGAAGCGUCGUGGGGAACAUCACAGAAACCUGGAAAGCCAUCGUGGAGAAGGGCGUGACCUGGAUCGGCGUUGGAACAAACGUAAAGUCUUUUGGCUCGGAGAAAACGACUUCGGUUCAUCCAGCCUGGCGCAAUGCCAUCGUGCACGCAACCCUCACGCUUCCGUGGAAUUUCACAGCGCCGUGGUCGGAGGUGAUUGCCACACAAGAGAAGAUGACUAACGUCAUCCAGCCGCUUGUCGAGGCUGCAACACCGGGCAGUGGUUCGUACGUGAAUGAGGCUGACUGGCGUCAACCGAACUUUCAGACGACCUUCUGGGGCUCGAACUAUAACAAAUUACUGAGCAUCAAGAGGAAAUGGGAUCCCUCCAGUCUAUUCUAUGCCACGGUGGGCGUUGGCAGUGAGGCUUGGACGGUCCGAAGCGACGGCCGCAUGUGUCGCGCGAGAUAG